AAAUAAAUUUCAGAAUUUUCUCCACAACAGAAAAAACACAACUUUUCAACUUUGAGGAUUUAUUUAUUGGUUGAAAUUUACCUUUGAGUUAUGGAUCCUUUAUGUUAACAAAGUUGAUCUUCUUUGAAAAACAAAACACAACACAAAUAUCUAUUUAUAUAUAACACUGUAAAAAACAUUAUUAAUCUAUUCUAUUAUUUCAAAUUGAAGAGAUUCGAUAAAGUACUUUAAAGAGGACAUGAAUAAAAGAAGCCCAUACAGAUUUUACUGUAACACAAUUUACAUUUUAGGAUUUAUAGUGAAUAAACAAAUUUUUAAAAAAAGUUGGAAUUAAUCUCUACUAUUUUAGAUAAUUUAGAUCAGUAUGUUAGUAAUAUGUGUCAGGUAAUAUUUUGUAUUUAAUUAAUUAAUAAGAAUAAAAAAGUAAUUCAUCUCGAUUAAUUACUCAAUAGUAUGUUAUUCUUCAUGGUGCUGGUUCACUGUGAUAACAUCAUUAAUGAAUGACAAGAAGAAGAGGAUGAAGCACAUGAUAAACGUUUUCAUUAUCAUACUUCAUUGUUAAUAAUAUGAAUGAUAAAUCAGAAUUGAAUUUUAUAGGUUUAAGGACAAAUAAAAAGAUUUCAUUUAGAAGUUAUCGUAAUUUAAGUACUUGUUUACCGGGUAAUAACACUUCGAUAAAUAUUGUUCAAGAUGAUGAGAAAUUUCCAUUGCCAUAUGUUCAAAUGUCUAAAUCAUCUGAAUCGAUUGCGAGUUUAAAACAAGAGAACAAUUCAUAUAUCAUGUUAGAGACCGGAAAGAAAUCGGAUGAAACUACUGCUACCACUGUUACUACUACAAGUAAUAAUAAUAAUAAUGCUAGCUCAGUUAUCGGACUUCCCAGCAUCAAACGGAAUAUAUUAAGACGACAGCAAUGCACAGUUGAACAAUUAAAAAUAUCUGAAAAUAUCACAAGUCAGUAUGCUUCAACAAACAAUUUUAAAAUGGGGAAAACAUAUCAUACGGAACAAGCAAAAGAUCAGCAAGCGUCAUCUUCUUCCCCAACACCAUUUCAACAGACUGCUAAUGAAACAGCAACUGUUACAAAUGCUGGACAAUUGAGUAGAUCAGGAUUUUUACGUCAUCCAUUACGUAAAGCUAUGAGUUAUGUGAAACCUCAAUCAGAAUCUUUUGUAUCAGUUAAAUCAGCUUCAAGAAGACUUCAUCAUACUUCAACUAUUGAAAAACCGGAUGAUCCAAAAUUCAGAUCUAGCAGCAAGAGUUCAAGUCGUAAUUCACUUUAUAACAAUAUAAAACAUUUCGAUUUAUCAAUUAAGUCAACGAAUGAAUGUUUACAAAUGAAUGAUCAUUCAAAUCGAUCAACUAUACAGGAAGUUUACACUGGGGAAUCAUGCUAUUCAACAACACCUAAACAAGCCAUAAAAAUUGAUGUAGAAAGAAAAACCAAACAAAAAGAUAUCCGUCAUCUGAAUGAUUUAAUAACGAAUAUUUUACCAAGAUCAUUCUCUAAUGCAUUUAGACGACCAGUAGGUAAAUGUAAAAGCGCAUCGCCUACAAUAGUAAAUGAUCAUCAUAUAGAAAAACUGAUUGAUUCUUUCAGAUUUGAUAAUUUUGAAGUGGAAAGUCAACAUUCAGAGAAAUCUCCUUCUGAUUUCUUAACACCUAAUGAAGCGUCUCCAGUUCUUAAUGAACAUAAUGUACCAACAAGAAGUCAACUACAACAAUGGGAACAAUCAUUUGACAAGCUUUUAGCUGAUACAGAUGGUUUAUCUCAAUUUCAUCACUUUUUGAGAUCAGAAUACAGUGAAGAGAAUAUUGAGUUUUGGUUAAUUUGUGAAUUGUAUAAACAUCUGCCACAAGAAGAUCUUGGUGAAGAAUCACGAAGAAUCUAUCGUCUUUAUUUAGCGCCACAUUCACCACAUGAGGUUAAUUUAGAUUCAGAAACUCGGAAUCAAACAAUCGCUAGCAUAACAAAUCCAACUAAUGAAUCAUUUAUUUUAGCUCAACAAACUAUUCAAGGAUUAAUGAAUAAAGAUUCUUAUCAGCGGUUUUUACGUUCUUCGUUUUAUUUUGAAUUAAAACAAUUAGUUUGGCAUACAUAUCCAGAAAAUGAUGAACCGACAAAUUCAGAAUCUAAUAUACAUGAUAAUAUCAUAUCCGAUAAUCAAACUCAAUAUUUCAUAUCCAGAGAUCCAAUCACUGACAAUACAUCCAGUCCAUGUUCUGAAGAAGAACAUGUCAAGGAGUUCCUGCGAUCUCCAUCAGUAUCAUAUUCAACCAUGAGUUCCCCUAAACAAACUGCAACGUCUCAUGAAACCAAUUUAGAAAGUCAUAUUCAGCCGUCGAAAACAAUACCUUCCCCGUUACUUGAUUGUACUGUGUCCAGUUUAUUUCACAAGCAUAUAGAGGAUGAUGAAGAAUUAUCAUUUCAUGAGAAUAUAAUUGAACAUCCUACUUCCACUCAAACGAAUGAUAAUUUAUCCGUUCAGGAAUUACCAAAUUCUGUUCAUACUGAAGCUGCGCCACAUUCUCCUAAACUUUGUUAUACUGGAUAUACAUUAUCCAGUACUGAUUGUUAUAAAUUAAAACAAAAUAUUAGAGCAGAGUUAUAAUUUUAAAAUGACUAAUUGAUAUGAUUCAUUUUUUUAUAUCGCCAUCAUGGUAAAACCUUUUUUUGAUAAAAAAGUACUACAAUCUGAUAAAUAUUUUCAUUCAUUAACUGUGAUAAGUUUUAUUGCAAUAACCGUCGCCUAAAAUAUAUCCAAUCUUCUUUAAUGCUUUUGUGAUGUGGUGGGCAUUUCAAGGAGUUGAAAUAUUACAGAAAUGUACUUACAAACGAAGUGUUCAGUUCAAAAAAGGAUACUAUAGGUCGUUUCAUACAGUCCAUUUCCAAAUGAAAGUGAUUUUUUGUACAUUACAUAUAACAUACAAUCGUUUCGUGAUUUAAUCUGAAAACAAAUUUGAUCCAUAAUUUUAUUCUCAAACAUUUAAUAAUCAUCUAUUUCAGUACGAAUUUGUAUCACACAGAAGUGAUAAAUGAUAUUGAUUGUUAGGUUUAUAACUGACCAAGAUGUGCUUCACUAUCAAUUUAUCUCGUGAAGGCAACUGUACAAUAAGUCAGUUGGAAAUGAAAAUCACAUGAAAAUAAUAGAUUUCUAAAAGAUAUUACUUAAUUAGAAAAUGAGUAGUCUGGGAAAAUAAGAUAAGAUACAACAAUCUUUUUAACUCCAAUUGGCUAAACUAGAUUAAUAGAAUUCUAUAGAUUUUCUAUUCAGUUGUGCCUAUGUUGAUAUUGUUAGUGGCAUGAUGCGAACUGAUGUUUAGAUGUCUGUUGAACAGUGUUUGUCAUUCUAUGAUGAGUCUUUUUCUUGAAAUUAAUGAGAUAUACCUAAAUAUCAUACACUUUCUGGCAACAUAGACAUUAAGUGAAUGUCAAACUUUUAUAUACUUUGAAAGAGAAUACAACUCUUAGCGUAUCGUCAUAUUACAAACCACUCAAUAUUAAUCAACAUCAUUAUGAAAAUCAUUUGUCUAAGACGUAGAUGUUUAAGUGGUAUUUUCUAAUAAAUUUUUUAUCUGCAUUGAAACAACACUAAAGGUUUUCCGGUAUCCCUUUCAACAGAGUUCUGGACUAUAAGUAAAACAUUAAAAAGUUUGUUUUGUCUUCGUACAAACCCGAAUAGACAAGAAUUUUCAAAAUAAACUACAGCAUGAAAUAACACGAAAAUUAAUUUUGGCGUCAAGUUGUUGAAUCUAAUCCGCAAUUGAAAAGAAAUUGACAGUUGUUGUUAAGAUGCGAUUAUGUACACGCAGUUACAUAAUCACUGCAUAUUAAUUCGGGUCAAGAAAUAAAUAAAACAUAAAUAUGUCGAAUUGACUACUUGUUUUCGAAAAUUUAAGUGUUAUGAACCGCUCAAUCUGCAGUGUUUGGUGAGUUGAAAAGAGGUGAGAAAAGAUGUUCUCAAUAGCUUCAGUGAAUUUUGAUUUUCUCUGCCUUCAUACUUGAAAGGAUGCAUUUCAAUCUGAUAAUGAGGAAAAUGAGAACACUGUAGGGAUUUGUUAAUUUCUAUGAUAUGACUGAUUGUAAUGAACGAAGAGUUGGGUGGGGACAACCUAUUCAUUAUUUCAUACAAAGUUACAGAUUAUUUUGGUAAAUUAUGGAACCAUACAUUAAAUGCUUCACUUGUCCUUUACAUUCUAUCUGAUUAUUCCAAUUCAUAAUUCAUAAUUCUCAAAAAGUGAAACGAUCAGUUAGCGAUGUUUCAAACAAUAGGAGUUCCUGCGAUCUCCAUCAGUAUCAUAUUCAACCAUGAGUUCCCCUAAACAAACUGCAACGUCUCAUGAAACCAAUUUAGAAAGUCAUAUUCAGCCGUCGAAAACAAUACCUUCCCCGUUACUUGAUUGUACUGUGUCCAGUUUAUUUCACAAGC